AGGAGCCUGGCUCCGUGGGAAUGGCCCCGCCUGGGAGGAGCGCAGGCCGCAAAGCCCAGCGAAAAAGGCGUGGCCUAGACGAAUCGCAGAGGCGUGAUCCGAACGAGUGGACCUUAGCCUAUGCAUGAAGGGUGUGGCGUGGUUGCUCGUAAAGAAGUGACAAAGGUGGUCAAGACAAGAGGUUCCAGCCGGAGGACAGGACAGUUACCAGAGUGGAGAGGAGGGACGUGGGCACAAGGGAUGGAAGUGGGGUGGGCAGCAUACGCGUGACUGGAUGAUCACAGGGAUGUGAUCAGUGUCGUGGACUGGGCGGAGCGUGGAGGAGUGGCCAUAGAUGGAGAGGCGGGCCGCGGAAUAGCGUCUGCGAGGGCGGGCGACGCGAAACAGGAAGGAGGAGCACGACGUAGGCGGAGCGCCGAGACCAGCCCUGAACGUGGGGGCGCGGCCCGUGCGUGUGGGCGUGGCCUUGCCGCUCAGGGGCGUGACAAAGAUGGUGGAGCAGGAGGGGGCAUGUUAUCGCGCAGGCGCAUGGCUACGGCGGGAGGCCCGAGGCAGUCACUGUUAUGUAGCCAGAGCGGAAAGCAGGUUAUUAGGUUCAUGCACGUUAUUUGGGAACUGAUCAAGAUUUCAAGCCAAACAAUGGUGGCAGUGAACAGCCUGAGAGUUAUUCUUCAAGUGUCUCCAUGCAAAUCGCAAUGGAGAAGGUUCCAGAUUCUAAGGUCCCCGCCAUGCUGCAGCCUCUAUAUCUGCACUUACAAAACCCACAACUGAGCCUGACACCCUUGUGGAAUUUGAGUCGUUUGAUCCUUCCUGUCUGAUGCCCACCUGCCCGGAUUACUGGACCUACUCGGGCUUUCUGACUACCCCGCCCCUCGCCGAGUCCGUCACCUGGAUCAUUAAGAAGCAGCCAGUAGAGGUUGAUCAUGAUCAGUGGCACUGUCAGAACAGGGUGACAUAAUGGUGGAAAAACAUGGAAAUUUGUCUUCUUCCUUACUAUAAUGAGAAGGUUUCUCCUCCACAGAAUCUGGUUAUUAGGUUCCUGCAAGUUAUUUGGGGACUGAUCAAGAUUUCAAGCUAAAGAUGGUGAUGAACAGCCUGAGGGUCAUUCUUCAAGCAGCUCCAUACAAACUGCUGUGGAGAAAGUUCCAGAUUCCGAGGUCCGUGCCAGUAAGGCCCUGCAGCCUUUAUACUUGCACUUACAAAACCCGGAACCGAACCUUGCAUCCACUCUGGGAGAGCGUGGACCUGGCUCCGGCAGGUGAUCGACAGUCGCCCAUCAACAUCCGGUGGAGAGACAGUGUUUAUGAUCCUGGCUUAAAACCGCUCACCAUCUCUUAUGACCCGACCACCUGCCUCCAUGUCUGGAAUAACGGGUACUCUUUCCUUGUGGAAUUUGAAGAUUCUACAGAUAAAUCAGUGAUCGAGGGAGGACCCCUGGAACACAACUACCGAUUGAAGCAGUUUCAUUUUCACUGGGGGGCCAUCGAUGCCUGGGGCUCCGAGCACACCGUGGACAGCAAAUGUUACCCAGCAGAGCUGCACUUGGUGCAUUGGAAUGCAGUCAAAUUUGAAACCUUUGAGGAUGCAGCACUGGAAGAAAAUGGUUUGGCUGUGAUAGGAGUAUUUUUAAAGCUAGGCAAACAUCAUAAAGAGCUACAGAAAUUGGUGAAUACUCUGCCAUCAAUUAAGCACAAGGACACCCUUGUGGAAUUUGAGUCGUUUGAUCCUUCCUGUCUGAUGCCCACCUGCCCGGAUUACUGGACCUACUCGGGCUCUCUGACUACCCCGCCCCUCGCCGAGUCCGUCACCUGGAUCAUUAAGAAGCAGCCAGUAGAGGUUGAUCAUGAUCAGCUUGAGCAAUUUCGGACCCUGCUUUUCACUUCUGAGGGGGAGAAAGAGAAAAGAAUGGUGGACAACUUCCGCCCCCUUCAGCCCCUGAUGAAUCGCACCGUCCGCUCAUCUUUCCGUCACGAUUAUGUGCUGAAUAUACAAACGAAACCCAAGCCUGCAACCAGCCAAGCGAUCCCCUAAAACAUUCAUAUCUAGGCAGUAUUUUGCUUUAAUACAUAUUAGCUUUUUAAAAAAUUUAACUAGACUAUUCUAAAUGCCUGCAUUCAGUAAUAUUUAUAGAUGUGCAUUUCUUGGUAUGGGAGUGCUUCAGCAGUCUUUACAGAGAGCUAUUUUACAAAUAAAUUCUUACUUUGGUUGA